AUGCUCUCUCUCUCUUGGGGAUUCCAAGGCAAAAUAAAGUGUACCCUGUGUACCCUGCAUGGCCUGUGUACCCUGUGUGACCUGUGUACCCUGCAUGACCUGUGUACCCUGUGUGACCUGUGUACCCUGCAUGACCUGUGUGGCCUGUGUACCCUGCAUGGCCUGUGUGACCUGUGUACCCUGUGUGACCUGUGUACCCUGCAUGGCCUGUGUACCCGGUGUGGCCUGUGUGACCUGUGUACCCUGUGUGGCCUGUGUACCCUGUGUGGCCUGUGUACCCUGCACGACCUGUGUGACCUGUAUAUGCUGCAUGACCUGUGUACCCUGUGUGGCCUGCAUGACCUGUGUACCCUGUGUGGCCUGUGUACCCUGUGUGGCCUGUGUACCCUGCACAGCCUGUGUGACCUGUGUUCCCUGCAUGACCUGUGUGACCUGUGUACCCUGCAUGACCUGUGUACCCUGCAUGACCUGUGUACCCUGCAUGGCCUGUGUGACCUGUGUACCCUGUGUGACCUGUGUACACUGCAUGGCCAGUGUACCCUGCAUGGCCUGUGUACCCGGUGUGGCCUGUGUACCCUGUGUGGCCUGUGUACCCUGUGUGGCCUGUGUACCCUGCACGGCCUGUGUGACCUGUAUAUGCUGCAUGACCUGUGUACCCUGCACGGCCUGUGUGACCUGUAUAUGCUGCAUGACCUGUGUACCCUGUGUGGCCUGCAUGACAUGUGUACCCUGUGUGGCCUGUGUACCCUGCACGGCCUGUGUGACCUGUGUACCCUGCAUGACCUGUGUGACCUGCAUGACCUGUGUACCCUGCAUGACCUGUGUACCCUGCAUGACCUGUGUACCCUGUGUACCCUGCACGGCCAGUGUGGCCUGUGUGACCUGUGUACCCUGCACGGCCUGUGUGGCCUGUGUACCCUGCAUGACCUGUGUACCCUGUGUACCCUGCACGGCCAGUGUGGCCUGUGUGACCUGUGUGACCUGUGUACCCUGCACGGCCUGUGUGGCCUGUGUACCCUGCAUGACAUGUGUACCCUGUGUGACCUGUGUACCCUGCACGGCCUGUGUGACCUGUGUACCCUGCAUGACCUGUGUACCCUGCAUGACCUGUGUACCCUGCAUGACCUGUGUACCCUGCAUGACCUGUGUACCCUGCAUGACCUGUGUACCCUGCAUGACCUGUGUACCCUGUGUACCCUGCACGGCCAGUGUGGCCUGUGUGACCUGUGUGACCUGUGUACCCUGCACGGCCUGUGUGGCCUGUGUACCCUGCACGGCCUGUGUUACCUGUGUACCCUGUUUGGCCUGUGUACCCUGCAUGGCCUGUGUUACCUGUGUACCCUGUGUGGCCUGUGUACCCUGCACGGCCUGUGUUACCUGUGUACCCUGUGUGGCCUGUGUGACAUGUGUGACCUGUGUACCCUGCACAGCCUGUGUACCCUGCAUGGCCUGUGUGGCCCGUGUACCUUGUGUACCCUGCAUGACCUGUGUGACCUGUGUACCCUGCAUCGCCUGUGUGACCUGUGUGGCCUGUGUACCCUGCACGGCCUGUGUACCCUGUGUGGCCUGUGUGACCUGUGUACCCUGCAUGGCAUGUGUACCCUGUGUACCCUGUGUGGCCUGUGUACCCUGCAUGGCCUGUGUACCCUGUGUGACCUGUGUGGCCUGUGUACCCUGCAUGGCCUGUGUACCCUGCAUGGCCUGUGUACCCUGUGUACCCUGUGUGACCUGUGUACCCUGCAUGACAUGUGUACCCUGUGUACCCUGUGUGGCCUGUUACCCUGUGUACCCUGUGUGACCUGA